AAAACCCUAAUUCCCAAAUUCACUCUCUGGUCAAAUAUUCAGUUCAAUUCAAAGUCGGUGAAAAUGUCGGGCCGCGGAAAGGGAGGCAAGGGUUUGGGAAAGGGAGGAGCGAAGAGGCAUCGGAAGGUUCUUCGCGAUAACAUUCAAGGUAUCACGAAACCUGCGAUUCGAAGGUUGGCAAGAAGAGGUGGUGUGAAGAGAAUUAGCGGGUUGAUCUAUGAAGAAACAAGAGGCGUUCUCAAGAUAUUCCUUGAAAACGUGAUUCGCGAUGCGGUGACGUACACGGAGCAUGCUAGGAGAAAGACAGUUACCGCCAUGGACGUGGUUUACGCUCUCAAGAGGCAGGGAAGGACUCUCUAUGGGUUUGGAGGCUAAGAAAUUUUUGGUUUUGGGCCUCUUUCUCAGAUGCCCAUGUGGUGGGCUUUGGGGUUUUGAUUGGGGGUAUGUGUAAAUGGAAGAAAUUUGUGUUCCUGAUGAUGGUUUAUUUUUGAAUCGUUAUGUCAUGUACUCAGAUUAUCUUGUGCUCUGUAAUGCAAUGAUACUCAAGUUUCUUCUAUGGUCCUUAGAAGUUGUUCAUAAAUGUUAU